CUCAGGCCCCGCCCCACUCCACACGCUCGCUCGCUUUACGGCUGGUCGACCGAGGCGGCGGCGGCGGUUACCAUGGAGACGCGGCUGGGUUGUAAACAGUAACCAAGGAGUAGGGGGAGGAGGAAGAGGAGAAGAAGAAAAGGAAAAGGAAGAGGAAAUUCAAAUCAGGAAGGAUGUCGGAUAAGGAAGAUAACCCAUCAGAAGUUAAAGAAAAGUCUAUAGAUGACAUCCCUUCCCAGGACCCAGAAUCUCAAAGAAAAGAAAGCAUGGAGAAAGAAGAGGAAUUGAAGGAAACAGAAGGGACUGAGAACACUACAGAAAUUACUACAGAAGAAGUGACGGAAAGCAUGGCAACUAGCACUAGCCAAGACCUGCAAUCUCAGUCUGUCCCUGAAGAGAAUGAGCUCAUCUACUCUGAGGCACUGACCACUACCUCCCCCCAGAGUUCCCUAGAAAUUUCAAGUGAUAAGUCUGAAGAAACAGAGAAAAGUAGAGGAGUAAGUACACAUUUUGAAGAAUCAAGUGAAAAGACUGCCACAGAAGUGAGUGGACAGGCUCCCACAGAAUUAUCCGACGAGAUUUUCACUGAAUCAAGUGGACAGCCUCCCAUAGAAUCAUCCGACGAGGUUUUCACUGAAUCAAGUGGACAGGUUCCCACUGAAUCAACUGGAGAGGCUCCCACUGAAUCGACUGGAGAGGCUCCCACAGAGUCAAUCCAGGAAGCCUUCACUGAAUCAAGUGAACAUGCUCCUACAGAGUCAGUCGAGGAGGCUUUCACUGAAUGGAUGGGAGAAGCUCCCCCUGAAUCAGUCGAAGAGGUUUUCACUGAGUCAAGUGGACAAAUCGCCACAGAGUCAGCUGAAGAGGUUUUCACUGAAUCGAGUGGACAACUUCCCACGGAGUCGGCUGAAGCGGCUUUCACAGAACCAGGCCCACAGGCUUUUGGGGAAUGGAGUGGACAGAGUCUUCCAGAGCCUUCUGUAUCAACUGAUUACACUGCUGAUGAAACUGAGGUCCUUUUUCAGAAACCCUCAAUCCGUGUCUUUAAGGGAUCCUCAAUCCGUGUCUUUGAGGGUACUCCUUAUUCAGGGGAAGAAGAGACAUAUGAAGAGGAACCUUCCCCCAAAGAACAACGAUCAGUGAAACUUCAAGACUCAUUAGUGUAUUUCACUAAGGAAGAUGAUCUAUUUAAAGAAAAGACUAAGGUAGCAAAAAUUUAUCCCCUGAACCUGACCUGGUGCUAUGGAUGGAACAGCUCUCUGCCCGUUUACAACAUGCGUGAUGAAGACCAGAGGGUCGUGCUCUACACCUGCUCUCACACUGUCGUGCUCUUUGAUGUCUUUAAGAACAGCCAGCUUCAUCUCCAGGGCCACAGUAAUGUGAUCACUUGUAUGGCCGUGAGUGAAGACCGAAGGUGGAUUGCCACAGCUGACAAAGGUCCACAGUGCCUAGUGAUUGUAUGGGAUUGCUUUUCUGGUAUUCCUGUGCAUACCAUAUUUGAUAGUUGUCCAGAUGGAAAUGGAAUCAAAGCCUUAGCAAUGACAAACGAUGCCAAGUUCAUAGUGACGAUUGACGAUCAGACAUUUCAGAGAGUCUGCAUCUGGAGAUGGACUGUUGACACAGAGACCCCUGCAUGUUCAGUCUCCCUGGAACCAGAUUGCGGUGUUCAGGACUACAUUAUUUUCAAUCCUAGAGAUUAUAGAGAAUUGGUGAGCAACAGCAAAACCCAGUUACUGUUUUAUGAAUGGGAUGAAGCAAAAGGCGUUCUUGAAUUUAGUAAGCCAGUCUUAACUGAAAAAACAUUCAACAAGAUUGUGGGAAAAUUUAGUCAGUCUAUCUUCCAUUUUGUUACCAGACAAAUUUUGUCUGCCACAAUGGAGGGAAAGCUGGUAGUCUGGGACCUCCAUCCCCCACCUCGCUCUUACACUUCCCUAGAAAAGCUUCGUAUCAAAGCUUGUAAACUAGUACAUUUGCAGCCGGACGGCCUCACCGUGUUAACUGCUGUGGACAGCUACUUCGUAACAGGUGAUAUCAGAGGCCACAUUCGCUUCUAUGAUUACAAGCUGUCACUCGUUAACUGGUACAGCCAGUUUAAACUGAGCCCCAUAAAAAUGCUGUCCUUUUCAAAGGAUCCCCUCGUUCCUGUGGGGGACAAAUCCAACUUCCCAUCUGACUGCACCCUUCCUGGGGACCCUUUCAUGGUAAGAAAUUUUAUCAUUGGCACAUCUGAUGCCAAAGUGUUCCAUUUAACGACAGAUGGGACCAAUCUAGAGGAAGUCUUGAUUGAGUCCAAGGAAGCCAUUUACGCCAUUGAUUGCCAUCCCUACAAGCCUCUUAUUGCGAUCGGAGCAGCCUGUGGGCUGCUCAAAGUGUGGAAUUAUAGGAAGAAAAUGUACGUGGUGAGCAGGAUCUUUGAGGAAGGGCUUGGGAUCCAGAGCCUGGCCUUCAAUCUAGAAGGGUUUCUUUUAGGGGCUGGCUUCACCGAGGGCACGGUUUACAUCAUGGAUGCGGUGUCACUAAAAAAUGAGGCUCCCCGGCCUUUCAAAUAUUCCAAAGGCAGCGUGACCCUGAUAACCUUCUCCAAUGACUCCCAGUUUUUGGCAACUGCUGAUGUAUAUUUUACGGUGGCAGUUUACAAGAUAGUAAUAAAAAAUGGAGAAAAGGUCUGGGAAUAUUUAGCAAGACUUCAUUCUCACACCAAAAAAAUCCAGAGUUUGAUGUUUGGGGUUCAGCUAGACAACAAUGAGACUCGUCUCCUAAGCCUUGGCAAGGACAGAUUGCUGAUAGAGUAUGAUCUUAUGAACUGCAAUAAGGACCACCUGGAGAUCCUGGACAUCCAUCGCACUGACCAGGAGGCCCUCCCGAAUUGUAUGGUCUGGUACCCGCCCAUCACCAGAGAGUCGUUCUUGCUCAUUUGCAACAGUGGAUAUAAAGUAAAGCUGUUUAAUUCCACAACAAAGAUGUGCAGAAAGACGCUGAUUGGGCCAACAUAUGGAUCCCCCAUUCAGCAAGUCCAGAUCCUCCCACCCAAAGGCCCAGAUGACCAAAAGGACCGAUACCUAGCAUUUAUAAACAAAGACAAGGUCGGACUUCAGAUCUUACCAGUUGAUGGUAAUCCCCAUAAAACAGCUGCCAUUAUUUGCCACCCAGACGGGGUGUCCAACAUGAGCCUUUCUUAUGACGGUACCUACGUCUUUACUGCGGGAGGUGAUGACCACACUGUAUUACAGUGGGAGAUUAAUUUAGAGGCUCUGGAGGCAGCUGUUUACCUGGGGGGUGAAGAUUUGACCCCAUUCUAUGGUCUGCUGGAUGGGGGCAGAGAGGGAGAGUUCUACAAGGAACUGGAAGACUAUUUUUAUUAUUCUCAGCUCCGUAGUCAGGGCAUCGAUACGAUGGAGACCAGAAAGGUGUCAACACAUAUUCCCCUGAGUGCUCCUUUUGUAAUGAGAGCAAUUGGCUUCUAUCCAUCCGAGGAGGAGAUUGAUGAUAUGCUAAAUGAAGUGAAAUUCAGCGAGUAUGUGGAUACAGGGGAGCUUGUUGAUGCAAUCGACUUGCCAGAUUUUGUGAAAGUUUACAUCAACCACAGGCCACCUUUUGGCCACACGAUAAAUGAAAUACGAAAUUGUUUCAAAAUUCUUGGCCGUGUCCAUAAUAAUGGAGCAGUGUCUAUUAAGAGAGAAGACUUCCUGGAAUUACUUCUCACCAAAGGGGAGCAUAUGACCGAGGAAGAGCUGUCGGACUGCUUUAGCACCCUGUUUGGCCUGAACCCAGAGGGCUGGAAAUCGGAACCUGCAACCCUAAGUUACAAAGGCCCUGACAUUUGCCUGGAGGAGGUGCUCCCAGAAGAAAUCACUGCUGAAAUAUUCGCUACUGAGAUUCUUGGCUUGCCCAUUCCCGAUGAGGACACCUGAAGAGGCCACCAGAGUGGGAGGAAUGGCAGGGAUACCCAUGACUUUGUCUUUUCCCCAAGAGACACUGCCAAGCCUGUAUUCUCCUUCCACUGAACACCCUCCCCACCCCUCACCCCCACUGACCCUUAGCAUUGUGAGGACAUUUCUGUAAAGCACAAAAUUCAAGAUGGCGGGAAGACCAGGAUCCUACUAGUCAACAAAGUAAAUAGACUGGGGAAAUGAGUUAAAGAGGAAACAUGAAAAUUAAAGGAAGAAAGCCGGAAACUACAAA